UGGCCGCACGAAGAAUUUGGAAAGCCUUACCUUCUCUUCGCUUCUGGAUGUUAUAACGAACUUGGGGGAAGCAUUUUGUUGCACAGAAAAUUACUACCUUUCCGCCAAGGGAAGUGUCUGCGUAGCUUGAGGACAAAUGAACCCAAUGAACGUGCUGUUCUUUCUUCUGCCACUGCUGCUUCUCUCCCCUCUCUUAUCCGCAAAUGGCAAAAGGUUCCUCCUCCCGACCGACCCGAGAGCGUACCUCACGCAAGAAGUACACUGGUUCGAUCAGACGCUCGACCAUUUCUCUCCCACGGAUCAUCGCCAAUUUAAGCAGAGGUAUUAUGAGUUUCUAGAUUACUAUGAAGUCUCAAAUGGACCCAUAUUUUUGAAAAUUUGCGGCGAAUCUACUUGUCCUGGAAUUGUAAAUGAUUAUACAUCUGUGCUAGCGGAAAAAUUUGGCGCUGCUUUAGUUUCCCUGGAGCAUCGCUAUUAUGGGAUGAGCUCCCCGUUCAAGCUUACAACAACAGAAAAUUUAGGAUAUCUGUCUUCAAAGCAAGCACUGUUUGACUUGGCUGUUUUUCGUCAGUAUUAUCAGGAAUCACUGAACUCAAAAUACAACCGCUCAAAUUUUGAAAGCCCCUGGUUUGUAUUUGGUGUUUCAUACUCUGGGGCUCUCAGUGCCUGGUUUCGUUUGAAGUUCCCUCAUUUAACAUGUGGUAGCCUUGCAAGCUCAGCUGUGGUUCUUGCCGUCUACAACUUCUCCCAGUUCGACCAGCAGGUUGGUGAUUCAGCUGGUCCCGAAUGUAAAGCUGUGCUUCAAGAAAUAACCAAGCUUGUCGAUCAACAACUUCUUUCUGAUGGAGUAGCAGUAAAAGAUUUGUUUGGUGCUUCUAUGGUAUUUUAUCACACUGAAUGCUCUAGCUUAAUUCUAGAAAUAUAA